CGGAGAAGGGGGAGCGCACGCUUAGUGUCGUAGCAAGUCUGUAUAAAUCACUAAGAGCAGCAUCAGGGCAUCAGGGCUGUCAUAGUAGCCAGAGGGCGUGCAAAGUGCACAGCUCUGAGAGAGGUCCUGGGCAACCCACUUGAGGGGGAUAAACUGCUUUGUCACUGGGGCAAGGCGAAGGGACCGAUUCUGAGCAGUGUGAGUACCAAAAAAGCAUCUCACAAUGACAACGGUGGAAGCCAAAGCUGAAGAGGAGGAGAAAAAAGAGCCCGAUUCAGAGCCUGCACCUGCUCCAGUUUCAGAAGGCGCUCCUCCAGAGGCGGCACCAGUUGCAGCUUCAGAAGCAGCACCAGAUGCACCAGCUUCUAACCCAUCUAGCGGGACGGGCUCCCCAGAACAAGAAGGGUUCUUCAAUCUGUUGAGCCAUGUACAAGGAGGACGCAUAGAUGAGCAACGCUGCAACAUUCAGAUCGUGCACAGCAGCAAGAGUGGCUCAGAUCCUGAGAAGAAGGAUAGCCCCAGCCCACCACCAGAGAUGGACAACUUUAUGGAAAUGCUGGCACAAACACAGAGCCGGCGGAUGGAUGAUCAACGCGCUAACUUUAACUACCUCCCAGGCUUCCAAAACACUGACCGCAAUAACAGCAACAAACCAGCCUCUGGAACCACAAAGGAAAGCAUGACCUUGGCUUUAUCGGAAGGUGCUGCUUCGGAUAAUCUAUCUGUCAACAUCACACCAAUGGAUGAUUAUUUCUCUUUCAUCAACCGCAUCCAUGAGAAGCAUUUGGAAGCUGUUACUGGCCAAUUAAAAAGCCCAACUUCCAAACAAGCCAAUACUCGGGACCCUAGCACCUCUUCCUAAAUACCUAGAUCUGAAAGACCAUCUCCACCAAAUCUACCAUGCUUGGCUCCAACCUUUCUUCACCCCAGUGCUAGGGACCAGAUUUUCUCCACCUCAGAUUUGCAAACGUAUUUUCUAUAUAGACUUCUCCGGACCCCAACUCCCAGAAUUUCCUGGUAAGAGUGAUGUCUGGGGAAGUUAGCAAUUCUGAUCUAAAAUAAAGCAACAACAAAGUAAUAGACCACUCUCAAAGCCUUCUCAGAAGUGUUAUUUUUGGGACUAAAACUCCCAAAAUUCCAUGGAAAAUGUGUUGCCUACAGGAUUCUGGGAGUAAGUCGAAAAACCAACUAUCCAAAGCUCUGAACUGAAAUUAUGUCUUCUCUUCAAGAUGUGUUGUCCUUAGAAAUAAGCAUGCAUCUUGUUCUCUGAUCUAUCUAAUGUAGUAUUGACUUCCCAUUGAAUAUAUGUACUUGUACUAUAAAAGGCCUGUACUUUUACCUUUCCUAAGGACUCCCCCUUGAUAAGCUCUAUUUCAAUAUGUAAUUGAAAUAAAAAAAACCCUUUUCUUAUAUGUGUAGUGGGUGGUUAUAUAUGUAAUAAGAUGACAUCUGAACAGAACUCCAUGAAAUACUGGUCUAUCAUGAACAUUAUGAAUCUCAGAUCUUCCAUGCUUUGCAUUAAGAAUGAGCUGGAAUCCUAAUUUAAACACAACAUUCCUUUGUUUCAUAUGCACCUUAUACACAUAGCCUGACAGUAAUAUUUUCAAUAAUUUUGUGCAUGAACAA